AUGCUGUCUGUACCGCUUAUCGCUGCGCUGCACGUCGUCUGGGAUAAACUCGUCACGCACGGCGAGGCUUCCAACGAUCCUGAGAAGAGGCCGCAGCUAGAAGAGAAGGGCAGGCGGGGCACUGAAGAGGGUGACGAUGCAGACGGAAAUUGCGGAGAAAACACGCUCGAGGGGGACAGUCAGAACACGGAACGCACAGGAACGUUCGUAAGUUUAGCGUCGUCUUCGAAGACUCCUGCAUCCUGGUGGUCGAAGUUCAAAGCGAUAUUGUUCCCGCCGUACGACCUUGGUUCACCGUCCAAUAUCGACCAGUAUGUGCCAAACUAUCGAUCGACACCUAUUCUUGCAGGAAUUGUGAUCCCGUUCUCGAUCCUCCUCGAAAUCCCUGGUUUAACAGACUACUGGUACAUCCGGACCAUGAACCAUCAUACCGUCGAUUACCGCUCGAACCCUUCUAUACUGGUAGCCGGUCUGUGUAUCUCCAUGGCUAGUGGCAUUAUUGCAAACCUGUGCUUGAUCAUGCGGUUUCUGGAGAAACGCGUCAAGUCGAUGACAAUUCUAUGCGUUGUAUUCUUGACUAUACACGAUGUCAUCAAUAUAGUCGCGGUCACAAUAUUCGGGGUGGCGCAUCGCUACGACGACGGUUUCACAUACGGACAGGCCUUCUGGAUGACCGUGUGCUCGACUAUAGCAUCUGUCGUAACGAACGUCACUCUGAUUGCGGAUGUCGUUCGUACGAAGGAUUUUGCAAAGAGCGGUAGCGGUCUGACCGCCAAGCAACGAGCCCUGGUACUCAUUGUAAUGAUACUCUUGCUACAGAUCGCUCUGGGUUCCGCCGUCAACUCCAAGCUCAACCACUUGACGUUCUUGGAUGGUUUGUAUUUCACUGUCUGCUCCCUCGAGACCAUCGGCUUUGGAGACAUUACGCCGAUUUCCACCGGCGCUCGCGUAUGGAUCUGUGCAUACUCAACCGUUGGGAUCAUCAACCUUGGUGUUGCCGUUGGAAUGGCGCGGGAGACAGUCAUUGAAGGCUUGGAAGUAAGCUAUCGGAAACGCGCCUCCCAACUCCGGGCCUUCCGCCGCUCAGAGCGUGAAAAACGCAAAGCCAUCGUCCGCUGGAAAGCCUCAGUCGAGCAGAAACUUGAAGGCCUCGGUAUACCAGCCUGGAUCCCCGACAAGGACGAUGCGACCCGCCAAGAAACGGAUGAAACCGGCCUGCGGACCAAAGUCUUCCUCGUCAAAGCCCUCGGCGGGAUGGGCUGGACGCACCGGUUCCUCGACCUGCUGCACGUCCACGCCCACCAUCAGCCCGGGUACGACGCGAUGCACUCCUACGCGCGCCCUGGCUACCGGCUGAACAUCGAGGCACUGACGCCAGCGCACCUCGAGGCCUGCGCGCUCGAGGCUGGGGUUCCCCUGGACAUGGUGCUCCCCGACGUCCAGGGUCGCCGCCGGGGGAAGCACGGAGCGCGAGGAGGGAGCGAAAGCCAGCAGCCCGACCACGCUGAUCUGAGCAGCAUUAAGGAUCGGCGCCCGCACGACCGCACGCACGUGCAGAUUGGCCAGAUGGCGGAGAUGAUGACGCGCUUUGCGGUGGGCGUCUUGGGCGCACACUUUUUCAACCAAGGUCAGUCGAACGAGAGUCCCAUCGAAGAGGCGAGAGAGGCAGAGAGCGAGAGGGCCGAGGGUGGGCGCCUCCAUCAGACUCAUAAUGGCGAGGAUCGAGUGAAGAACGCGAAGGAUAGAGUUGCGCGAACUGUCAAGAUGAAAGAUUGGAGAGCGUUGGAGGAGAACUCAAUCUAUGGGACUUACGAUAGCUUUAAAGCGACGUUGGAGAGCGAGGAAAAGAAGGCGUUUAUCACUAAGUUGACUAUAGUGUGGUCUAUAUUCUUUAUCUUCUGGAUGGUAGGUUCCGCGAUAUUCUCGAGGACUGAACGGUGGCCCUUCGGAACUGCUAUGUAUUUCUCCUUCACUACCAUUGGAUAUGGUGACUACUCACCUCGGUCACCGGCUGGACGGGCAAUCUUCGUCGUCUGGGCGCUACUCGGUGUUGCUACUAUGACCAUCUUAAUAUCUGUCAUCUCUGACGCUUAUGGGUCACGAUAUAAGAGCGCCAUGCAUACACCUAUAUUCAACAAAGUCGUCAAGCGAUAUCGAGAACGAGCCCGACAUGAGCCAGGACCGCCGCAGCCGGCGCUAAGGCCUGUAACACCCUCGGGACAACCUAUGCGCCCUCGAUCCGAAACACUGGAAGAGUCUCGCGCGCGUGCUCAACGACAACUGGAGGAGUUGCCUCAUAAAAUCCUCCAAGAUACCCGAACGUUUCAUGAGAAUAUACAGUACUUUCUUAAUACCACGGCUCGGGAUAUGAUUGCUGGCGACUCGGCGGCUGGUGGCGCUGGUGCCGGGAGCGCUGAGUUGCAGCCUCCAGAAGGUCUGAAGAAGUUGCUCGAUGAUAUUGCGGCUGCAGAAGGCAUAGGGGAUGGCGUCAAGAGCCAGAUUCUUCAAGAUGAGGAUGCAAGAAAUACCCUUUUCAUGCUGAGCGUCGAGAAAUCUCUACGGAAAAUGAUCGGUGCCGCAGAAGGGGCUUUACAAGCGUUAGCCGAAAGGGAUCUUCUUGCUGCGGAUCAGAAUCGUAUGGACGAGACGGACCCUCCUUCAAGCCACAGUGAAGUUCAAGAGCUGCCUCGCUAAUACAUACACGUAUAGAAGCAAGCGCGAU